AAGGGACAGACGCCCGGAGCGGUUUUCCAUUGUCUAGCCACGACGUCCCCGCGACAGGCGAACAGUUUUGUUUUAGUUUCGGUCCGCGCGUUUACGGGUGUUUACCGAGUCCGUCUUGUUUACAACGUGUGCAUCCUGGUAAUACUCAUGUCUCUGGAACGUGCCGUCCGCAACAAAGUAAGCCGUUUUUUACCGACGUUUUCAACCGUCUAUUUCGUCGCCGGACACGUCCGGUGUCCGACGGUGAAAUGUAUUCGGCUCGACCGCGCAUUUGUAUUGAAAUCGGACUUUCGCCGAACGCGAAUAUCCGAGAUGGCCGUCACGUUUAAACGGUUGUAAAAUUGUUUACGAAAACCUGUUGUAGAAAAAAACAGUUUUCGCUCUUUACAGGUGUCCGAUCGGAUUUCCGUACAACGAAAUUCCGUUUCUUAAAAUAUUACGUAAAGCCACUACAACACUAAUGCGCAAUUUAAGAUUUUCCUAUACUACGCGUGGAACGUUUUAGGAUUACAAGAUUUCCUCGCUUCUUCGGGACCGGUUUAAAAAUAUUGUUAUUGUUGUUACUGUGGGUUCUGUGUGUUACGAAAAGUAAAUAAAACGAGAACAUAUUUUCUUAUUUUUCAUUUUCGAAAAGUAAUGUUCAAAACAACAAUUAACAGUAUAAGCGUUUUGAGAGCGCGAAAAUAUAAACUGUAUAAUCGAAAUGCCCCCGUAACUUAGCCAAUCGGGUUAAUAUAGUGACGACGGGCGCUUGCGCUGUACAAGACAGUAAAAAUCACUUUGCAUUUAGAUUUUACCGUGUAAAAAUAACAAAUUAUUAUUUUAUUAUUUUCCGAUUAUGACUGUAUAACAAUGUAAAUGUUAUGUAUUUCCGUGCGUAGCUCGCUUCCAAGCGAGACCCCGCCCAAGAGAAGGAAGCCAUGGAAUGGAUCGAAGCCGUGUUGGGCAAGAAAUUCCCUAAGAACGCAUCGUUCGAGGAGUACAUCAAGGACGGUCAAAUCCUAUGCCAGCUCAUCAACAAGAUCAGCCCCGGAAGCAUACCCAAAUACAACACCAGCGGCGGACAGUUCAAAAUGAUGGAAAACAUUAACUUGUAAGUGUACUCGGUUUUUUAAAUUUUCAAAUGAAAACGGGAAAAGCCAUCAAGCUUUUGCGUCAAAGUGGCACGAUAGAUAUAAGGACCUAUUUACGAUGAAACGAUUUAAUGACAUUAUCGACCCGAUUGAAAUUGAUGGUUUUGAAAAAUACUUUUUUCGAUCGUCGACUCAUUUAUAAAUAACGGCACUUACGUUACUUACCCGAAUCGCCAACAAUUUUAAAAUCGGUCGCCGUAUACUCGUACAUUACAGUAACACAGAAACUUUUGUUGCGACAAAGACGACGACGAUCAUCAAUAACGAUUACACUUUGACUAUAUGGGCGACGGGGUGCUGUAAUUCCGCGGUUGUCAUGUGCGGAGAGGAGGUUUAGAUUUAUUCCGUGAUUUUAUUUUCUCUAUUCAUCGAGAUACAUACCGAUUACGUUAUUUAUAGUUUGAAAAACAAUAAGGUUGACGAAAGAAAGAAACGAAAGAAGAUUUUUUUUUUUUUUAAAUAUAUUUACUCGUUUUUAUUUAAAACAUCUCGAUUCUGUUCUCUUCCAACAACAAUAUUUUUCGCCUAUAGAAAAUAUAUAGUGGGUCGUGAUGGUAUAUGUCCCCUUUCUAGAUUUAAAAAACGUAUUAAAAUAAAUUUGAACUUAAAAUACUUAAAAACAACUUUUACAUUCAGUUCAGCGUUUUUGCCAUCGUGUACAAUUCAUGAUUAACCACGUGUUAGAUUUUCAAGCGUUUCAACACAAUUUUAUCCAAAUGAAAACAAAAAAAAAAAAUCUAAUAAAUUUAAAUACCUACGAACAGCUCAAAAAUCGUCAGAAUAUUUUGAACAUUUUUACCGCCGUUAGAAAAGGCAAAUAUAAGUAUAUUGCGAUCACUUCAUGCAUUUACGUUUAUUGUUAAUCGAAUCACAAAAACAAAAAAACCGAAAUCGAAAAUAACGAAACCGUUUGUACCGUGAACUCUCCCCGUUUCCCAUACGUUUUCCUCUGGAUUUUCCACAGUCAAUAAAACGCUACAGGGAAAACCGAGAAACGAUUUCCCCGGUUUCACCGACCAGCUAAAAUCGCGUUUCGGAGAAUACGCUACAAUAUUGAAAACCGGAGUGUGAUAUCUGGUAGAAAAACCGCGUAUCCAAACCGACAGACGGGACAAUAGAAAAACGGCACGUCACCGGCAAUGCUGUAUCGCAUCGCUCGCCGCGCUCGGGAUCCGUAAAACCCCCCCAAUCGCGCCGCGGCGGCCGCGUACGCUUGUACCCCGAAGUAAGACCGCGUCGUUAUUACGCGGUUCGGCGUAUCGCAGCCUAGGAUUUCGGGUUUUCGGCGAACGAUGUUAUAAUAUUUUACCGGCGUCGUCGCACGCGCGCGAUUGCAUGACGCGGGCGCGAUUUUCGCGGUCGAAAUAAUAACUUUCGGGACAGCCACGGCGUAUAACUGUAUACAAGCAUAUUAUUAUUAUUAUUGUAUGCGCUCAGUAUACAAUAUUAUGUACAGUAUAUAACAGUUCGGGAGGCGAUGUACGCGCGUCGUGUCUCGCUAAGUAAAUUUUAACGUUUCGUGUUCUUGGCGGGCGGCGGCGGCGGAAACUUUUACAUCGCCAUUGUCGAAAGUUGCAGAAACUUUUGGGCGGGUCGAUGGGAAAUUAUGUGUAUAUACGUAUAUAUAGGUAAGUAUGCACGAAAGUUUUUCGGCUCAUAAAUCAUAUAUGAGGGCGUAUAUGAGAACAUAAGGCGAGUAAAAAGUACGCGUGUGUAUAUAUAUAUAUAUAUAUAUAUUUAUAUAUACGUACGGAAGUUUCACGCGAUAUAGGUGCUGCAGACGCAAAGUUUGAUGCGUAAAAAUUAGAACUACGUAUAUAUAUAUAUAUAUAUAUAUUGUCAAGCGCGGUGACGUCAAGACGGGAUUGAGUAAUAACAACAACAACAAUAAUACAUUAUGAUAUAAAAGUUAUUGACAUUAUAAUCCGCGGAACGGCGUACUCUCCGAUAUCACACAAAACAUUGCGUUCGGUACAAGUAUCUUAGACACGAUUGUAUCCUAGUAUCCUAGUAUGUAGUAACACUCGUUUCGAAGUGUCUCGCCCAUUCCGGCUUAUGUCCAACGGUUUUAACAAGAACAAUAUGUUGUACGGGUGUCGUAUAUUAGGUAUUUAGGCGUUAAAUGUAUAGUGUCGGGUUUGGGAUUUGGGCAAUUUUUAUGUUAGACACGAUAGACGGGAGACGUGCGUAUAUUGCGGAAUAAUUGUUUUUUUUUUACGAUAAAUUGUCGCAGUUUGUAUUACGCGCUAUUUCACUGCGGAAGUUGACACGUCGAUUUUGAGAAAAAAAGUCGAUUUUGCUACUGUUCGCCCUUUAUUUUUGUUUGGCAUUUAUAUGUAUACGCCACUCGUUAUCCGCCCCGGCAAUAAUAUUACCGGGCGUUGUACGCGUGCAAACAUUUUAUUUACGCGUAAUAUUAUAAUGUUACGUUUUUGUGCAUUACUUUUUACAGGUUCCAAAAGGCCAUCAAAGCGUACGGAGUGGCCGACAUAGACGUUUUCCAGACUAUCGACCUGUGGGAAUGCAAAGAUUUCGCUCAGGUGGUGACGACCUUGUUCUCUUUGGGCCGUGAAGUGAGGAUAAUUUCUAUAAUCUAAUCUAACUCGCUUUUGUGCGCGAUAUAUCAUUGGUCCCAAGGGAGGAAUGUCUGUCUCGAGUCAAACGUUAAGCAUUUUUUUUUUUUUUUUUCAUAAUUUAUGUAAAUUCGUUCCAAAUUAUUUUUAUUUUUUUGAUCCGAAUGACAUAAUAGAGUGUGUAUAUGUCCUAACGCACGGUGUAUACUAAAAAAUUAAAUAAUCCCGAAUCGCCGGGAUACACUUUUAGUUUGGCAAACAACGCAUAAGUCAUAAUCGUCACGUAGCGAUUUCGCUAUUCAGCGUGUCACGCCAUUACGCCGCCAUUUAGCGAUCCUCGACGUUCGAUUCGCCCGCGCCGAAAACUAUACGGGAUCGACGCUUUUCCCCGGGGCCAAAUGAUAUUCCGGGCAAUAUGUUAUUAAACUGUCGAUGUCCGAUUAACGUUUUAUAAUGCGCGCAGACGUACAAGCACCCGGAAUGGACCGGGCCGUACUUGGGGCCCAAACCGUCGGACGAGGCCAAGCGAAACUUCUCCGAAGAAACCCUGAAGGCCGGACAGACCAUUAUCGGGCUGCAGGCGGGACAGAACAAGGGCGCCACGCAAGCGGGCCAAAACAUUGGCGCCGGCCGGAAGAUCAUCAUCGGCAAAUAACCGCGCAACCGUUUAUACAUACCGCGUGUCGCACUUACAGCGUGCACAAAGCGUGCGGCGCGUACGGGACGGGGGAGAAGCUAUCCCACGCCGUCGUAAUAAAUAUUGUGUCGUAAUAAUAAUUAUAAUAUUAUCGUCCUCAGCGGUAUGAUCACUAUGUUAUUGUAAUCUGUAAUCGCAUUUACGGUAACCGCGUGUGAUUUAAAACCCGUGAGAUUUUAAUCGCGUCUAUAUUGUAACGUUACGGUGUCCGCGACCGUUUACAUUGUUAUUGUGUUUUGUGUUUAAAUCGAUAACCAUUUUUUUUUUUUUUUUUUGUAUUAUUAUUAUUUAUUUAUUUAUCGUAAUAUAUAUUUAAAUACGUUAUAUUGUAUUAUUUACACGGAUUUGAAAACGAAAACCCGACGCCAAGGAACAGAACGCGAUAAAAUGCAUUCGAUUAGUGACGAUAGUCCUCCUUUCGACGCGCG